CCCGGCGCCGCCCGCCGCUGCCCGCCACCGCGCCGCUUCGGGGGGCCGCCGCCGCCGCGGAGUUGAGCCGCGAAGUCAUGGUGCUCUGGGAGCCCUCGGCGCCCCGGCAGUGCGGCGGCAGCAGCUGGACGCUGGGCGACUGCUUCUGCUGGCUGCUGCUGCCGGCGGCGCUGCUCAUCGCCGCCCGCCCGGCGCGGCUCGCGGCUUUCCCUACCUCCUUAAGUGACUGCCAAACGCCCACCGGCUGGAACUGCUCCGGUUAUGAUGACAGAGAAAACGAUCUCUUUCUCUGCGACACCAAUACCUGUAAAUUUGAUGGGGAGUGUUUAAGGAUUGGAGACAGUGUGACUUGUGUCUGUCAGUUCAAGUGCAACAGUGACUACGUGCCCGUGUGCGGCUCCAACGGGGACACCUACCAGAACGAGUGCUACCUGAAACAGGCUGCCUGCAAGCAGCAGAGUGAAAUACUCCUGGUGUCGGAAGGGUCGUGCGCGACAGAUGCAGGCUCAGGAUCUGGGGACGGAGUCAAUGAAGGCUCAGGUGAAACCAAUCAAAAAGAGACAUCGACCUGUGACAUUUGCCAGUUUGGGGCAGAGUGUGAUGAAGAUGCAGAGGAUGUUUGGUGUGUGUGCAACAUUGACUGUUCUCAAACCAACUUCAAUCCUCUUUGUGCUUCCGAUGGGAAAUCUUAUGAUAAUGCAUGUCAAAUCAAAGAGGCAUCAUGCCAGAAACAGGAGAAAAUUGAAGUCAUGUCUUUGGGUCGAUGUCAAGAUAAUACAACAACAACUACAAAAUCUGAAGAUGGGCAUUACGCAAGAACAGAUUAUGCAGAGAAUGCAAAUAAACUGGAGGAGAGUGCGAGAGGGAUCUACAUCCCUUGUCCAGAGCACUACAACGGCUUCUGCAUGCACGGGAAGUGUGAGCACUCGACUAAUAUGCUGGAACCGUCUUGCAGAUGUGAUGCUGGCUAUACUGGACAACACUGUGAAAAAAAGGACUACAGCGUUUUAUAUGUGGUUCCAGGUCCGGUACGAUUUCAGUAUGUCUUAAUAGCAGCUGUGAUUGGAACUAUCCAGAUUGCUAUCAUCUGCGUUGUAGUCCUCUGCAUUACAAGGAAAUGUCCCAGGAGCAACAGAAUCCACAGACAGAAGCAAAACACAGGGCACUACAGUUCAGACAACACAACAAGAGCAUCGACAAGUUCUAGUGGCAAUUUUGAGUCUACUGAACUCAGUAGUAGGGUUUUGAGUUGGUCCAAGAUCAGCGACAAUUAUGGAUGUGGGAAAGGUGAAGAAUAAUUUAACCUACAUUGAGGAGGGAUAAAAUAUUUCAGAUCCGGAGUCAACUACAUUUCAUCAGCCUUCUUCUCCCAUAUCAUCUAUCUUUACUCCCCCAUAGCUUAGGAAAUCUUUGCUUUCUAAAUUAAAUCAUAACUGAAGGGGAAAUGGAAAUUCUCAAUAACUGCCAUGGGAGUGCCGGGGGGGGUAAUGUUUCUAUCUGGGAGGGAAUUAGGUAACUGUCAAGGUGAACCGUAAGCGAACAUGUUGCAGAAUCUUCAAUUCCUGGGCACUGGAGUGAAUGAAAAUUGCUUCUUUUUGUUGAUUGAAAAUUAUUAGGUUAAAAAAGUUAAUAACAUAAUAACAGCUGAAAUGCCAGCACCGUUUGUACCUCAUGAACUUGCUGAUAUAAUUUAUUUUUUCAAAGAGAAGGUGAAAACCACUCACAAAAUACCUUAUGAAUAACUUUAUGGGUGACCCAACUCCAUUAAAUGUAAUGGAACUCCAGUGUUGGCUAUACCUCAGGAAAAUAAGGGCAUGUGUUUUGUCACAUCCACAAGGUAGACAAGAUGCCAAGUUAUUUCCAUGGUAGCUGAAAGUCUCCAAAACACAUCCUUUGAGAAGAUAAUAUUCUGGUUUAUGCUAUGAAUUUUUAAGACAACAGAGCUAUACUGAAAGGCAGAGUGUGAUAACUUCACUCAUGUUGGAUAACAUCCACUCCACUAAUUGACUGCUGCAGUAGUAGUCACACUAAAUAACAUAACUGAACUGAAAAAAAAAAAAAAAAACCUUGCAACUCUUCAUUGUGCUGCUCCUUUCCAAAGGGACUUUGCCUAAGCAGAAACUACUGAUGACAAAAGUCAGGAAUAUUUGUCACUGUUGUCACCACACAGCAAAUUACGUUUGGGUCGCAGUGAGAAAGGGGGUUGCCCAUGGUGGUGGACCAUGUGUGUCUCCAUGUCCUGCCUUCAGCAUCGGCCUGCUCACUCGCAGCAGUCGCCACCAGCCCCACCAGUGACCGGCCAUCAGACCUGGCCUUUAGACAUGGGUGAAGUCAUAUUACUACUCUAACAUGCUUUUUGUUUCUUCCCCACUCCCGCCCCAAGCCUGCUUUAAAGUGAAUCCAUUGCAUGAUGUUCACAUGGUCUCAGUUUUUGUCUUGUUCUGGGUUUCUUGGCUUUUUAAAGGUAAUAAAAGAAGACUGGCAAGAGCUGCUUGCA